AAAAUGGCACAAUAUUUCUAUGCCAUAAAAAACGUUGAUGCAGCUUUAAAUGCCUAGUUGUUUUUCUCUUGAAGGACACUUUCCAUGACUUCAUGCUGCAGAUUCUCAAUAAUAAACAUCAAAAUUGUAUGGAUGGCAUGGUUUUAAAUUUUUUAUUUUUCAAAAUGAUCACCCUUUGUUUAUAUCACUGCUUUGCACACUCUUGGCUUCAUCCACUAAGGAAACCUAACUAGGCACACCUGUGAAAUGAAAACCAUUUCAGGUGAUUUCAUCAUGAAGCUCAUGGACAGAAGGCCAAGAGUUUGCAGCGCUGUUAACAAAGCAAUGGGGCACUUUGGGGAAUCUGAAUCUAAAAUAUAAAUCAGUUAUUUAACUUCUUUGCUGCAUAAUUAUGCACACUUGGCUUCAUGUAUUUGGUUAUUUUGAGAAGGUAUUAAAAAAAAAAUUAGAAUGUCCAAAUUUUUGAUUGGUAGUAUAUAUAUUUUUAAAUGCAUAUAAAUACAGACUUCAUGUUUUGUUUAAAUUUUGGGCUUACAUCAGUCACUCAAUGAGUGCAGUAAUCACCCAGUUUCUGAGGCCUACAUGUCCCUCUGGGGUCACAUGGCUCUAAUGUGUCUAAGGCUUUUAUAAUAGCACACAGUGCCACCAUCACUGCAGCUCUGUUGAAUGAGUUUGAUCAUUGUCAGAAUUGGGUUUUUAGGACAGUGGUGUGUGUGCACUUUGGACUGUACUGUUCUCUGUAGUAAACUAAUUCAGCAAAUUGUAUUGAUCUAGUCCCUCAUCAGGUCUUACCACUGAUGGCUUGGUAAUCUCCUCAUCCAUUUCAACAUCUGCAUUUGUGAGAAGUUUUACAUUGAACUUGACCGUGUGCAGGAGACCUAACCCUUAAUCUGUCUUUCUAAGUUACCGCAUGCUUCGUCUGUUGCAUCUGGGACUGUCGCAUUACUUCUGUAAUCCUGCCAACAGCCUCUCCUCAUCCUUCCAUCCAGGGGAUUUGAGUGCCAUUAAGAGAUGGCUUUUUGGUGUGUGUUAUAAUGGGACACACACACACACACACACACACACACAUGUAGAGCAGGGCGAGGCACAUAACGACACAUUGUUGCUCUGGAGGCUGAGGGUUGAAGGCUGAUGCUCGAAACAGGCACAGUUUAGUAUGGGAUGGACAGAAUGGACUUUUUUAGCUCACAUGGAUGUCUGUCAAGUCAAGAUCAGUGUUAAUCGUGGCAUGUCCCACAUGAGAGAGUACAGUAAUGACCAUCAUCACUUUCACUGUGUCCAUCCUCUGCCUGAUGCGCGUUGUGAUGGCGGGCCGGUGGGCGUGUGCUCGUGCCUGUCCCGCCUCCUGCACCUGCACCCCAGAGAGGAGCUGCUCUGUGCUGUGUGAUCGCACUGGGAUGGCAGAGCUGCCCAAAGAGUUCCCCUGUGAGGCCUCUGCCAUAAACCUGGACAAGAACAGACUUAAGUUUCUGUCUGAGAGAGCCUUCGGAACCCUGCCCUCCCUCAAGACCCUGUCCUUGGACCACAAUAACAUUUCCUUCAUAACUCCUGGGGCUUUCAAGGGGCUUUCAAACUUGAUUGAGCUCAAGAUGGCGCACAACGAGUACAUCAGUUACCUCCACACGCGCACUUUCACCGGCCUGAAGAAACUGGUGCGUUUGGACUUGUCGGACUGUAACCUCUUCAACAUCCCCGACCGCAUUUUCAUCGAGCAGAUUGCCCUGAAGGAGCUGCUCUGCUUCCAGAACAACUUCCGGAGGAUCCCAGGAGCUAUCCGCGGCAUGGAGAACCUCACGCACAUUUACCUGGAGAGGAACAAGAUCGAGGCUGUGGCUUACAACUCGCUGCUGGGUCUGUCCAGUCUCAAGUAUCUGAACCUUCAGGAGAACCGCAUCAACGUGAUCCAUGACCAGGCCUUCCAGGAUCUUGUGCGUCUGGAAAAUUUCUACCUCAAUGAUAAUCUCCUCUCCAGUCUCCCCCGAGUGGCUUUCCAGGGACUCAGUUGCCUCAAAAUGCUAAACCUUGGCGGAAACCAACUAACCAAUGUAUCUAAAACAUGGUUCAGUGAUUUGGUUGAACUUGAAGUCUUAUAUUUGGACAGAAACCAGUUGGUGUUCAUUGAGGAAGGGACGUUUGAAAACCUGACCAGCCUAAUCACGCUCCACUUGAACAGCAACAACCUCACCACUCUCCCAUUCCCAGUUUUCCAGCCAAUCUACUUCCUGGGUCGGCUCUAUCUCUUCCGAAACCCUUGGGAAUGUGACUGCUCCCUGGAGUGGUUAAAGGAGUGGAUGGAAAGCUACAACCUGGUGAGGGACAUCCCAUGUGCUUCUCCAUCCUCUGUAGCAGGACUAGAUCUAAGUGAAGUGGUGUUUGCUAAAAUCAAUGGCACAUGUGUAGAUCCAGCAGAGCUAAACCUGACCACAGCCUCCUCUGAGAUUGUAUCAACUACAGAAAAUAAAUUCAAUAGUCUGAUUUCAAAGCUGCUCCAACAGGAACUGAAAGAGGAGAUGGGCAACAGUUCGGAGAGCCUCAGGAAUGGGACAGUGCAGGAGUCAGAGGAGGCACAGCUGUCUGACCAGGCCUCAGCACACGGACCAAGCCAUGGCUGGAUCUGGGUCAUACUGCUCUGGGCCGUCUUUGGCUGGUUGCAAAUCAGUGUCUAUGAUGUCACACCAUGCACAUGAAGAACAGGGGCUGUAUGUUCACAGGGUGGCAUUUGUAUAUUUGUCCUCAGAAUCAGAAUACAUAUAAAUGGAGCGAUAUUCAGUGAGGCAGCAGUUUUUAUAUCUGCACUGGUCUGUGUCUUAUACUCUACAAUAUAUGUAUGACUGUUAAAUAUAAGAAGCAUAUGAGAGGCCAAUGAUAUGCAGGCAUUUUCACAUAGCAGGGCUCAACAGCAAACUGUGGAUUAUUGUCGAAAUGUGAUGAAAUAUCUGUAUUUGUUGCAUAAUAGUCAUUUUUAAUUAAUAUUAUGUAAUGAUAAUCAUAGCGAUAUGUAUUCUUGGUGUUGUCUGAACUUUCAUUCACAUCACUCACAUUACAUGUUUAUGUGUAAAAUGAAGCAGAUCACAAGUGUGGCUCUAUAGUUAUCUCCAAGCAGAUGUCCUCUGCUGUUUCUCUCCAGUAACUGUAAUGUCGGAGUGCCAGCUUUUCCAUAAAUGCAUUAAUCUUCUUAGUGCUGUGGCUCGCUGUGGUCCUCACUGCUGUGGUGUUACGCAGUGUUAUGGACAGACUCCACUGUUUCCUAUGGACAGACUGGGCUUCUCUGGACAUUUUCCAGACUGCAGCACUGCCAUAUGCUGCAGACUUCAAUGCAAAGACAUCAUCCAUGAAACAUUUACAUCAAGAUGUCAUUUCCUGAUGUCUGGAGUUACUUUGCCAAGGAACAAUCUGGGCUCUACAGCCAGUACUAUUAACAACCAGAAUUUGACCUAUCAUUAUAUAUUUUGUCUUAAUAAAAGAACAGUUUAACUUCUUUGUGCACUGUGGAGGCCUUGACCUUUGUCAGUGGAAUCUGCCACUGACUAUUCACCCUUUAAUGUGGGAUUAGGCUGUGCUUCAGAGGAACUGGGAAGGCUGGUGUGCUUCUCAUCCCACUCAGUUAUUUAUAUGUAUGUGGGUAUGGGCCUUAGUCAUACAUCAUAAGAGGUCUGUAAUGUCACUGGGGGUAUCUUUACUUUUCUGUUGGAGUUUUAUGUAAAUGCUAAGGAACAGCAAAGGUGAUAGUGCCGUUCUAUUUAUAAUUUUACACAUUUAAUAUGUAUUUCUUGUGUGUAAGAGUAAUCUAAAGCUUUCAUAAUCCCAAAUAAUGAAAAAUCCAAAAAGGAACCCAGACUUUAACUUGAUUUAUUUUGUACAAACACAUCUCACUACAUGAUCAAUGUUUAGAAAUGUGUGUUUCUUUUCGAACCGUUUCCGAGUAUGGGAUGUGCAUAGGUGCCAAUCCUGUUUAUUUUUUACUCCCUUUGUCUUGGCUGAGCUCAGUCCAUCAAACUGCUGGAAUGUGUCAAAAUAUUUUUUCUUCUUUCUUUCUUCCUUCGGUUUACACAGGGGCACAGGGAACACUGACUGAUGGCUUGGAUACUUGCAAAUGUCCACAUGCACAAUAAUCUCAUUCAAAUCGCUAACGAUGCAUGGUUUAUUAAGAGACAGUACCUUUUGAUGUAACCAGACAUGAACAGCUUGUCAAAAUGGGAAUGCUUAAUGAAUACAGAUGACAAUUUUGGAGACAUUGCAGUGUCUGUGUGCUUUUACUUGGGAGUUGUAGUCCACUGACAUUGUCUUUUUGUGAAUGGGCAAGACUACAAUGGAUGGAAAAACAAGGGACACGGUACUGUCUCUUUCAGAAACAAACAUCUACAAAAAUGUUGCCUCGUAGCUAUUACAGACAUGACAAUAUUCACUUUAUUUAUUUUAUACAACAUUAUGACUAGGUUGUCUGUAGGGGGACGGCUGCUUUAACUGUUUUGUGCAGCGUUUUGGAGUAGAUUUCGAUCCAAUGCUGUGGUUGUAUUCACAGUAUGCUGAGUAUUUGUCCAUCCAAGUGCAGUGUAGAAAGUUCUCCCAUGAGUUCUGGUAUUUCUUUUCAAAGUUUGAAGAGGAGAUUUGUUGGCAUUAAGGUAGAAGGAGGCGAUGGCGGUCAGUAAACCCAGGACACAGGCACCCACUGACUGGACGUGCACACCAGAUCCACGGCCUCCUCCAGGUGCCUAAUGGUCUCAUCUAUUUCAUUGUUGAUAAUAGUCUGGUCAAAGUAGUGCGCAUAUGUCUUUUGGAGGAUUUCAGACUCUUUUUGCAGCCGCUGAAGGGACUCAUCCUGCAGGAGAAGAGACAAUUAAUUAAUUUUGAAAGGAUAUUAAGUCACUUAUUUUGGUUUGAGCAGAGUUUAGUGCAGGGGUGUGUAAUAUUGUGAGUAAAAUAAUACAAAAAUUGUUUUAAUAGCCCCCAUACAGCCUUAGAUUCUCUGAGUGCGGUCUGCUCCUUCAUGGCCACUCCCUAGACACACCCCUGCUGAUUGGUUAUUCUAGGGCAGGUAUAUUCCCAUUUUGUCCAAAUGCUUGCGUGUAAGUGUUGUGCUGUGUAUUUAGUUCUAACACAUUUAACACAAGACAAAUCAAACAUAUCCUCUAACGGCACUUACUGUUAGCGAUCGGCACCACCUUGGCAUCUGAAGAAAAUGCCAAAAUAAAAGCAUGCAGCGUGCAAAAACAAGUGCAAAGACGGAUGAGACAUGCACAAAGACUCAAGCCAAAACAGAAAAGACUCAGCUACACUCAUACAUCAGUAAAUUAGAAGUAUCAGAAGUAGAAGUACAAACUGGUUACAGAAAUGGGAUUGAACAAAAAGUAAGGCAGAAAUGGAAAAGAGUUGGACAAAAAUAAAUGAAAGUACAGGUCUCUGCUCUGAGUGUACCUCAUUUAUUCCUGGUGUGAUCGUUGGUGCAGCGAUAAACACGACAUAUGGAGCAAACUCAGCUGUCCGCAAAACCUUCAGGGCCUAAAACAGAGGUGUAUUAAUUAUAUAAACUAUUGCCCACAGAUUUGUCAGAGCACAUUUGACAUGAUGACUGCACUGACCUGGGGCUCUACAUCAAGAAUGGCUAUGAGGCCCUGCUGGUGGAUCUUGCGGAUGGUCUCAAGCCGCGUGCCAUACAUGGCGUCCUCGUGGCUGCCGUACUCCAGGUACUCGUUGUUGCUGAUGUCCUGCAUCAUCUGGUCGUGGGAGACGAAGUAGUAGUUCUUGCCAUUCUCUUCGUCCUUCUUUGGAGGUCUGGUUGUGUCUGAAGAUCAGAAAAGAGGAGUACUUUAGUACUGUAAUACUAUAUGUAACUGACAGUGUGAUUUGACUUGUGGACUUACGUGGGAUUGGGUAGGCGAAUCUGUCAGGAUGUUUUGUUAUGAGAGUGUUCUUUAUGUGUCUUCUGCCCACACCAUGAGCACCU